UAGCCAAUUUUGACAGAUCAAAAGUCAUCGAACCACGGGUUAGGAUGAGGUGAUUUGUUUUCCUAAUUUUUUGUGAAAUUCCGCUGGCCAUCCUUAAAAUUUCACAGUAGAAGCUGAUCGCCAACAGCCCUCUGAAGUGAACAUCGAAAGUUAUAUGGAUGUUUUAUAAUAGAAGAAUUGUCACAUCAUAGUCGGACGUCACGAGCAGCGACGUCCGUGAUAAGCGUCAGGUCGGGGUUGAUGGUGUAGUGGUCGGUCGUGUGAGGGUUGCGAUGGCGGAGACGAGCGAGGCGCAGGCGAGCGCAUCGGCGCCGGGCGGCGACGCGGGAGGAGAUGACGAGAAGCGAGACGAGCGAAUGCUGGAAUGCAACAUUUGCCUGGACACAGCACGGGAUGCCGUCGUAUCCAUGUGUGGACAUCUCUUCUGCUGGCCCUGCCUUCACCAAUGGCUUGAAACGCGGCCGAGCCGGCAAGUGUGCCCCGUAUGCAAGGCCGCUAUCAGCAGAGACAAGGUCAUCCCGCUCUACGGCCGAGGGAACACCAAGCAGGAAGACCCCAGGAACAAGGUGCCACCGCGGCCAGCGGGGCAGCGCACGGAGCCCGAGAACAACAGCGGCUUCCCGGGCUUCGGCUUCGGCGAGGGCUUCCACAUGUCCUUCGGCAUCGGCGCCUUCCCCUUCGGUGUGUUCACGUCCACGUUCAACUUCGGCGACCCGAGGCCUAGCGCUGCCCCCCGCGGCACGGCGCAGUACGAAGAGGAGCAGUUCCUCUCGAAGAUAUUCCUGUGGGUGGCCAUCUUAUUCGUGCUGUGGCUCAUCUUCGCCUGACCGAGCCUCUCCCCGUCCGGGUCUUACGUACCCGCGUUACACUCGUGUCCCGAAGGUAAACUGAUUGCAGUUUGAU